AUUUCGUCAUCCGCUGCGCAUCAGUCUGGUCAAAAGGAUUACUGCGACGACCCCGAUUGGCGACAUUUCGAAAGCAUUGCAAUCAAUUAUAAGAAUUCUGCACUCGAUAACGUCAAGUCUUUGAUACCUUUUUUACCGUCAACCGCAUCACUUAGGUCUAUCGGCAAUCUCGCAUCAUUCAAGCAAUGCCUACUACCCGAAGAUCAACUGGAGGAGCCCGAGCCAGAUCUGGCCCGACUCGGGGCCAGUCGACCAUCAGCUUUUCUCACAGAGUGUCCAAGCCCGUACCAAAGGAUCAGAAGAAGGCCACCCUUGCUUCCGCUGUCGGUAGGGCAGACAUCGGCAAGCAAGUCCAGAAGGCGGAAGAAGAGACCGACGAGAUCCACCUCGACAAGCCUGCGACUCCUGAGACCGAGGAGGCCAAGGUUGAGGAGGACGUUCCCGAGAAGUCGAAGUCUGUAGUCAGGGCCGAGAAAAUCAAUGACGCCCAGAUCAACAAGUACUGGAAAUCGGUCGAGGCCCAGCGCAUCGCACCGAGAGUUCAUCAGGGUGACGUGAGUUUAGCAGAGAAGGUGCUGCGGUAUUUUGAUGUCAGCUCGCAGUAUGGUCCCUGCAUUGGUCUGCAGCGCAUGAAGCGUUGGAAGCGGGCUGAGAGACUGGGCCUCAACCCACCCAUAGAGGUCCUUGCCGUGUUGCUCAAGGAGGAGGAGAAGGGAAACUCUCUCGAGCGGGCGCACAUGGAUGAACUCAUGAGCUCGACGGUAAUGGGACCCGCUUGAAGAU